CUGUUUGUUACAUUUUCACAAUCUAGCAACAAUUUAAUCAACUUAAUUUUCAAUUACUAGUAUUUUCUACUAACACAAUACCUUAAUUAACUCGAGCUUCAAAUUCAUUCAACAACAAUUUGAUCUUUACGUAGAGAACAAUGCCUUUAGGGGAAGACUAUGAAGAUAUUAGGAACCUUAGAAAACCAUUAGUCAACAACAAUAAUAAUGCUGGAAAUGGCUCUUUUUAUAUUGUGCUAUGUGUUAUCAUUGUAGCUUUGGGUCCUCUCCAAUUCGGUUUCACGUGUGGCUAUUCUUCGCCAACAGAAACAGAUAUGACACGAGAUCUUAAUCUCACAAUUUCGCAGUUUUCGUUGUUUGGUUCUUUGGCCAACAUUGGUGCAAUGGUUGGAGCAAUGUCCAGUGGUCAAAUAGCAGGAUACUUUGGGCGUAAAGGGUCACUAAUAGUGGCAGCAAUCCCAAAUAUAUUUGGAUGGCUUGCCAUUUCAUUGGCCAAAGACUCAUCGCUUUUAUAUAUAGGAAGAUUGUUGGAAGGUUUUGGAGUGGGGAUAAUCUCUUAUGUGGUACCUAUUUAUAUAGCAGAGAUAUCACCAAGAACUAUGAGGGGUAGUCUGGGAUCUGUGAACCAGCUAUCAGUUAUGACUGGGAUCAUGUUGGCUUAUUUGUUAGGCAUGCUUUUUGAAUGGAGAACUCUAGCAAUGUUAGGAAUUUUGCCUUGUGCAAUACUAAUACCUGGGCUACACUUCAUUCCAGAAUCACCUAGAUGGUUGGCCGAAAUGGGAUUUAUGGAAAGGUUUGAAUCUUCACUACAAUCUUUAAGAGGACCCAAUGUUGAUAUUAACAUAGAAUCACAAGAAAUAAAGGGAUCAUUGGCAUCAACCGCACAAACAGAUUCUGUACGCUUAGAAGAUCUCAAGAGGAGAAGAUAUUGGUUUCCUUUAAUGGUAGCUAUGGGAUUGCUUGUGCUGCAACAAUCUUGUGGUAUCAAUGGAGUAUUUUUCUAUUCAAGUAAAAUCUUUUCAAAUGCAGGAAUUAAAUCCAGCAAUGCUGCAACAUUUGGACUAGGAGCUACAAUGGUUGUAGUGACUGGGGUCACUACUUGGUUGGUAGACAGAACUGGCCGAAGAGUGCUUCUCAUAGUAUCUUCCUCUGUGAUGACAAUUAGCCUGCUCCUUAUUGCUACAGCAUUCUAUCUACAGGGAGUUGUAAGAAAGGACUCUGACCUUCAUCAAAUGAUGGCGGUGAUCUCUCUUGUGGGACUUCUGGCUUUGGUAAUUGGUUUUUGUCUUGGUGUUGGACCACUUCCUUGGCUUAUAAUGUCUGAGAUACUUCCACCAAAUAUUAAGGGCUUAGCUGGAAGUGCAGCAACAUUUCUCAAUUGGUUCACUGCCUCAGUUGUCACUUUGACUGCACACUUUCUUCUAAGUUGGAGCAAUGCAGGAACAUUCACAAUUUAUGCAAUUUUUUCUGCCAUUAACGUUGCUUUUGUUAUACUUUGGGUUCCUGAGACUAAGGACAGAACAUUGGAAGAAAUUCAGGCAUCAUUUAUUAGAUAAUUUAGAUGAUUAAUUAAUUAUUAUUGUAUUUAAAAUUUUUGAGUCAUCUGUAGAUUUUGUUACAUACAUAUCCAUUUUUGUUCUUUGAUUUUAUUCGUUAAUCCUUUCUAUCCUUUCAGAUAAAUAUUCUCUCCAUCCUUUAUUAUAUAUAGAGAAAAAACUUUGGAGAUGGACUCUCCAAAGUAAUUGCGUGCAUACAA